AUGCGCACAUUCUCCGGCCGGGUGCCAAGGCCAAAUGGUGAAGUGGACUAUGACACCUGGCGUAUCCAAGCUGACCUCCUUCUCAGUGAUACUUCCUUGAAUGAUGCUCACAAGGUGAGAAAAAUCCUUGAAAGCUUACUGAGCCCAGCUGUUGAUGUUGUAAAACCUCUUGGGAUCUCCUCACCACCAAGUGCUUAUGUCAAGCAGCUUGAUUCUGCUUUCGGCAUCGUGGAAGAUGGUGAGGAGUUAUUUGCAGCUUUUCUCAGUUCUAAUCAAAACAAUGGAGAGAAGCCUUCAGCAUACUUGAACAGGCUUCACAACCUUCUCACACGAGCAAUUUCUAGAGGGGGAGCCUCAGCUGAACACUCCAACAACCAGUUACUCAGACAGUUCUGUAGGGGCUGUUGGGACCACAGCAUUAUCAUAAGUCUACAAUUAGAGAACAAAAAGAGCAACCCACCGUCUUUCCCUGACUUCCUCCUCAUGUUAAGGACUGAGGAAGAUCGCCGUUCAGCAAAGCUAGACAGGAUGAAAAAGCACUUAGGUACUACAAAAGCUACUACACAUGCCCACUACAUUUCCGAUAUGCCCUCCUAUGAUGGUGAGCCUGUCCCAUCACCUAACACAAAGCAAAAUGAGGCAUCAAAGCUUGAAAAGAAAGUGAAUGAGCUAACUAGACAAGUGGAAAAGUUAAGCAAAAAGUCAGAAAACCCCACUCAUAAUAGCAUGCCUUCCCCAGUGCCAAAGCCAAAACAGGAUGAAACUCCUAAGCUUGAAAAUAUGAUAGCUGAGCUAACAAAACGAGUUGAGAAGCUAACCCAGAAUCAGAAAGAGAGUGAGAAUACCCAAAAGAAAGACUGUCUUGCGACCAGCACCAGUGGCAUGAAGAGGCCCUUCAGAGCCCCUGGAAUGCCAAGAGCGUGGUUCUGCUUUAAGUGCGGGGAAGACAACCAUAUCGCUGCUCAUUGCUCAAACGAACCAAACCCCACACUGGUUCGCAGAAAAAAUGCAGAACUCAGAGAGAGGCAAGACAUGUUUUUAGCUCAGCAGGCUGCUUCACCCUUCACUUUAAACUUGUAG